UAUCUUUUCAAGCCAAUCGAUGACCCGCUUACCGUUGUUUCUUGAUUCGUUUGUUCUUUUGUUCCGUUUGUUUAAUAAUCUGUUCGUGAUGAGGGGGGAUGUAAACGUUUAGGACCAAUUCCAAUUGCUCGAAAUACUCCAUUAAAGAAAGGUCGAUCUGUGCAUCGACAUGGAGGCAAGGGAGCCCAUUUUCUUUGAUUCUGGAAGGUUCGGGGUGGUGGUGAUCGCCGCGUCAAGUUCGACGCCGUCAAGGAGAUGGAGUCCCCGCGCUUCCGCGCCAUCAUCCGCGCAACGAGCGGCCGCCGGAAGCGUUCCCCCACCGACGUCAAGAGCUUCUCCCAUGAGUUGAAUUCCAAAGGAACCACCCACCAAAUGCCCAUCCGCAAACUUCAAGGUCUCAGCAGCCCGGAGGAAAUAGUGACUGUGAUUCGAACGAAAUUUAAACGUUUGAAGGAAGAGGUUAACGCAGAGUUGGGUGUAUUUGCGGGCGAUUUGGUGGACAUACUUGAAAAUGCCACGGUUCAGCAUCCUGACUGGCGGAUGCCUUUGGAGGACCUCCUGGUGAUAUGUCAGGGGUGUGCGGAGAUGUCACCAGAUGAAUUAUGGUCUAAAUGUGAGGGGAUAGUCCAGAAUCUGGAUGAACAGCGCCAGGAACUGGCCAUGGGCACGCUCAAGCAAGCACACACCCGGAUUCUUUUCAUCCUCACGAGAUGCACUAGGCUGAUUCAGUUCCAAAAAGAGGGGGGUUAUGGGGGGAAUGAACAUGUUCUUGGCCUAUACCAGCUCAGUGAUCUGGGAUUUUAUUCUGAAUCAGGAGAUGGUGGCCUCAAGAUCUCAUCAAGUGCUAAAGAUAUGAAGGAAAGGAUGAUCAGGAAGAGGUUCCAAGAACAUAUGUAUCUUAGCCAAGAUUUUACUGGUCACUGCACAGAUUCAACUGCCAGUAGAGCUAGGAUUUCAUCCUGGAAGAAGCUUCCAUCAUCAACUGAAAAGAAUCAGAAGAAGGACCAUGAUGAAAAGGAUGAAUUCCCCUCAAAGAAGGUUUUAGAUUCAUUGCCACCAAUUGGUAAACCUACAUUGGGUGCUCAUGGUGAUACUGAAAGCCUCGACACAACUGAGCUUUGUUCUAAAAUCCUAGGAAGUUCAACGGGGCAGCUGUCUGAGAGGAAAGAUUCUGCUGAUUAUUCUGGAGAUCAACGAAUUCCAGCUCAUGUGAAGCCAAAAAUGAUAUGUAGGAUAUGUGAUUAUGAGAUACCAACUAUAUAUGCUGAGGGCCAUUUUAGAGCAUGCACUGUCGCCGAUAAAUGUGAUUCAAAAGGUUUAACUAUCGAUGAGCGGUUGGAGAGAGUCGCCGAAAUACUCGAGAAGUUAUUGGUCUCCUGCACGCUAAAGAGAUCAGAUAUUUCAGAAAUCCACCAUGGGGUUGUUAAAGUUGGUGCUUCAUGUUUAACUGAAGGGUCAGAAGUCCCAUCUCAGUGUCAGUAUCAUUCAUCCUCUCCAUCUGAUGCAGAUAUCAUAUAUAGAGAAUUUGCUGGUAACCUAAUUGCAAAUAAUUUGAAUGAACAACCUGCAAUGUUGGGCAAUUCACGUAGUGCUUUAUCAUCAGGAAGUAUGACCCCACAAUCACCACUAAUGACACCACGAACUGGCCAGCUUGAUUUGUUAUUGUCUGGAACCAAAGCAUUCGCUGAUCAUGAAAACUUUCAGCAGAUAGAAAGCCUUCUAGAUAUAGUGCACUGCAUUGCAAGAAUAAAAACUUACAAUUACAACUCGCUCGAGAAAAUGUGCUCCUAUCUAGAAGACUUAAAUGCUGUUAUUGAUACUAGAAAAGUUGAUGCCCUUGUUGUUGAGACAUUUGGAAGACGGAUCACAAAACUGCUACAGGAGAAGUUCAUUCAUCUAUGUGGACAGAUAGAUGAUGGGAAUAAAGAUGUCUCAGAUAUGAUGGUAGAUGAAGAAGGUUCGUUAAGAAAUGGUAUAACCAGUAUCUCUGGAACAAACCCCUUGGGUGCAAAGUUUAAGGACCGAACAUCUAUUGAGGAUUUUGAAAUUAUAAAACCAAUAAGUCGGGGGGCAUUUGGACGGGUUUUCCUUGCAAAGAAAAGAGUCACAGGUGACAUUUUUGCAAUUAAGGUUCUAAAAAAGGCUGAUAUGAUACGCAAGAAUGCAGUCAAAAGUAUUUUAGCUGAACGUAACAUCUUGAUAUCAACUCGGAAUCCCUUUGUGGUGCGCUUCUAUUAUUCCUUCACAUGUAGGGAAAAUCUUUAUCUGGUUAUGGAGUAUAUUAAUGGGGGGGAUUUGUACUCUUUGCUAAGAAAUUUGGGUUGUUUGGAUGAAGACAUGGCACGUACAUAUGUAGCUGAAGUAGUUCUUGCAUUGGAAUACUUGCAUUCUAUGAAUGUAAUUCAUCGAGAUCUUAAGCCAGAUAACUUGUUGAUUGCUUGGGAUGGUCACAUCAAGUUGACUGAUUUUGGGCUUUCUAAGGUUGGUCUUAUCAACAGCACUGAUGAUUUAACAGGUCCAGAUGUCAGUGGUUCUGUUCUAUUGGGUAAUGAUGAACCACUUCCAGUAGCACAACGAGCACUAAAACGAGAACAAAGGCAGAAACAGUCAGCUGUUGGAACUCCUGAUUAUUUGGCACCAGAGAUACUUCUGGGAAUGCCACAUGGUCCAACUGCAGAUUGGUGGUCAGUGGGGGUUAUUCUUUUUGAACUUCUGGUAGGAAUCCCCCCAUUCAAUGCAGAGCAUCCACAGAAAAUUUUUGAUAAUAUUAUGAAUCGGGAUAUACCCUGGCCACAAGUGCCAGAAGAGAUGAGCUUGGAGGCUUAUGAUUUGGUUGACAAAUUGCUAAUUAGGAACCCAGUCCAAAGACUUGGAGCAACUGGGGCUGGUGAGGUGAAAUCUCAUCCUUUCUUCAAAAGCAUCAACUGGGAUAUGCUUGCUAGGCAGAAGGCAGCAUUCAUUCCAUCAACCGAAGGUGAUGAUGACACAAGCUAUUUUGCCAGCCGACUUCCAUGGAAUGCAGUUGAUGAACAACUUUAUACGGAGUCUCAUGAAUAUGAUGAUAUGACUGAUACAGACAGUAUGAGCUGCUACAGUAGUGCUCACAGCUCUGACCUGGAUGAAGAUGGAGAUGAAUGUGGCAGUAUGGCAGACUUCGGGCCCACGCUCUCGGUGAAGUAUUCCUUCAGUAAUUUUUCUUUUAAGAACUUGUCGCAACUGGCUUCCAUCAACUAUGAUCUUAUAACAAAAUGUAGCCAAGAUUCAGGAUACACUUCUCAACCUUGAGAGCAUUAUGGAGACAGUAAUUUGAUUCCGUAGAUGGAGACAGUAAUUUGCUUCCGUAGCUACCAGUUCAAAAGUUUCAAGAACUGGCUACCCAGUGAUAACUAUUACAUGAACCCUGCGACGUACCUGACCAACAGUCAUUCACGAGAUGCAUAUCUUCCAGCAUGAGAACAUUGACCACAUGGCAGCCUAAUUAAUUUUCGUCUUGCGAACAAGCGAUUCAGCUUCUCUUUGAGCUCAAGACCUUUGCAGCCCAGGCGUGAGGUUUAUAAGCCACUGGAGUGAGGAAGCAGCUCCUCAAUCCAACAACAACUUGUACAGUGGAGAGCACCAACAUAUGGAACUUGCAUUGAGCUUACAGUUGACAAAGAUUGAUCGGUCACAAUUAUGUGAUCAAACCUUGAAGUGAAGCUAAUAGUCGUAAUAAACCGUGUGAAUAUAUGCACAAAUGUUUUUGCUCGGCUUUCAAACCGAUAAGACAAACCAUUUGAUGGUGGUUCAA